AACUAAGAAAUGUUUCGUUAAUUUUAAAAAACGCGAUGCACAUUGAAAGCCAAUAUAAAACGUGUUGUUUGUUUUACUGGUAUGAUUCUAUGGAAUGAAACUCUUUUAAAUGCUCCUAUUUUUUAUGUUUUAUUCUAAUUAUUUUGUUCAUACACUGGUGCCUAUCGUGUUCGUCGUCAAUGCAUUUGUUGGUAUUACAAUCGUUUUCUGGUAUUAAUUACGAAUUGUAUGUAUGUACUUUAAGAUGUAGCAACGUCUAAAAAUUUGACAUACGUUUUAGAUACGAGCCUGAACUUCCGCGGUAAUUAUGUAUACCGUUUGACAAGUUUUCCGCGGUAUCGACAUGGAGUGUUUUUUACCAAUUAAAUAACUGGUAAAAAAUAAUGAUAGUGUUACCUGCUAUGACAUUUUCAUCGACCCAAACGCCAAGGAAUCAAGUAAAUAGAUGAAAAUGUGUUGGCUUGAGUUUUAAAGAAACCAACAGUAUGGAGGAUCUAAAAUUUAAAUUCUUUGGUCUUAUCAAUAAACAGAAUGUAGCCAAGGUUCCGCUUAUGGGAUUACAUUCUGACCUACUCAAUCCCCCGGAGUCACAGAAAUUAGAUGAUAUACACUUGGAAGCCGAUCAAUCGACAGAAAGUGAACCCAUUCCUGAUGAAGAAAUAUUGGAAUCUAUAGAAGAAAUUUAUUUUAAUGAAAAUCAUAAUUUUGAUUCUUGUAGACAUGAAUUAGAAAAAUUACCAAAAGUAUUGCAAUCCAAAGAGAUAGAGAAGAGUUAUAAGAAACUUAAACAGCAACAUCAGGUUGUAUCGAAGAAAGUUUUACAGCUCAUUUUAAAGAAACAGAAUACUUGUAAGAAAGAGUUUGACAAAAUUUUAUUGAUACAAGAACAAUUACAAGAUGUGUUGGAGAUCUGUAAAAUGGGAAGAGCAGACUUACAAUUAGCAGAGAAACAAUUUACAACAGCUAGCUUAGGAAUACUAGCAAAUUAUCAAAAACGACAAAUUGUGGAAGAACUAUUAAAUAAUUUAAAUACUAUAAAAACAUUACAACGUACAGGAGAUCGACUACAGGAACUUUUAGAUGAGAAGAAUUAUCCUAGGGCAAUAUCGUUGCUUCUAGAAUGCCAGAGCGCUGCCCAAACGUAUAAACAUUUUCACUGUAUCGCUGCUUUACAUGGAAAAUUACAAGAUAUAUUAGAACAAGCAGAAGAAGCAUUGGAUGUUACACUUUCAAAAAUCUGCAUGCAAUUCGAUGUAGAAAUAUAUACGUCUGUUCAAGAAGCUUAUGCUUUAUUAGGAAAAACUCAGUCCGCAAUGGACCAGCUACAUAUGCAUUUUACAGCUGCGAUUCACAAUACCGCUUUUGCGACUGUUCAUUCGUAUGCGGGCGGAGACACAAAGAAGCAAUAUAAACAACUUUGCCAAUCAGUACCUCGUGAAAAAUGUAUAAUUUGUUUAACAGAACUAUGUAAAUCACUGUGGACAAUAUUGAGCUCCUACUAUUUGGUAGUAAAUUGGCAUAAUAAGCAACAGAGUAAGGUCAAGUUCGAUCCUGAUGUUACAGAUUUAGAGGAAACUUUUAGUAAAGAAUAUGUGAAAUGUAAAUUAGGAACCAGUAUGAUUCGCAUAUGGCACGACGUUGAAAUGAAAAUAUCAAUAUUUUUAAUGAAUGCUGACUUAACUUACAUUAAAUUUGAACAAUUUGUUCGAGUUCUAGGCAUAGUUAAUAGAUUAAUGGAAAUUGGAGAAGAGUUAUGUGGCUUUAAGUCCGAAAAUUUACAAGAAUCUAUAAGAAAACAAUCGUUAUCAUACUUUUCUCACUACCAUGCGUCAAGACUAGACGAACUUAUAAUGUUUUUAGAAAACGAUGGAUGGGAAUUGUGUCCUGUUAAGUCAAACUUUGUGACAACACAAUUACAGGAAUUCAAAAGUUUAAAACCGGCGCUGAAUAUUUGUAAAGUAUGGAACAAUUUAGAUAACUCUGCUGUUAAUGAGAACGAUAAUUUAUUAGGCAUAGAAAGGGUGCAAAAAUUUUUGGAAGGAGGCGUGUCUCCGUUUUCUAUAGGUCUGGAUGAUACUAUGGAUGAAGAUAUUUUAUUAAACAAUGAGGAAAAUCCACCUGCGUACUUUUCUGAUGAAUCCGAUGAUGACAUCCCAGAUGAAUUGAAGCACGAAUAUGUCGACGAUUCAGAUUACGUUAAGAUAAAUAAGAGAAGAUGUAAAUUGAAACAAUUGGGACCUAUGAUUACGAAUACUACUCUAAAUAUAUUACGUGUUUGCGUAAAAUAUUUACAAAUGUCUAGGCUCCUACGUUCAAUUGCAGUUACCGUUAUACAGAGUAUGAUACAAUUUUAUGAGCUGUGCUUCUACACGGUACAUUUGUUUUUCGCUUCGGACCUUGUGAUAAGUGCCGAUUCGUUGUAUACUCCUAAAUUAAAAUCAUCAUUGGCAAGAAUUAAAGAAGAUUUAAUCAUUUGCGAGAACAAUACCGACGAUAACGUUAAAAUGAAUUCCCACAAAGUACGACAACUGCAGCUCUCUUCCAUCGUAAAUUUGACACAACCAGAGAAAUUAUACGGUUUGACCGAGCGUAUAGUAGCAGUGGAAUCUUUAAUAUUUCUAGGGCAACAGUACGAAGAUUUGAAACCAUAUUUAGAACAUCUUAUACCAUCUAGCCCACAACGUGGAUUCCUUCAUCGAUUUUAUAUGCAAACGAUAGCAUCGAUGACGGACUUGAGAAAACCUGUUUACAUGGCGGUAGUAUCGCAAGCGCUCGAUAUGACAAACAUUUUAAAUUUAAUGAAUAAAGUUAAUUGGGAGGUGGCAGGUGUAAUGUCUCAACACAGCGGUUAUAUUGACGAAUUACUUCAGGAAAUAUCCGUUCUAAACGAAAGGCUAAAGAAUAUUGGAAGUUGUAUUCCUUUGUCGAAUGAUGUUUAUAAUGCCGUUUGGGAAAACGUUGCCCACCUUAUAACCCACACUUUGGUAGAAGGUUUUUCUAGCGCCAAAAAGUGUUCAAACGGAGGAAGAGGAUUGAUGAUACUCGACUUCACGCAACUGAAAUCAAAGUUCGAGACUUUAACAUCUUUGAGACCAAUGCCGCACCGAGAAUACGUUGAGUUGUACAUUACAGCUUAUUAUCUUCCAGAAGAAACUUUAGAACAGUGGAUAAAAGAGCAUAAGGAAUAUUCUGGCAAGCAUUUAAUCGGAUUAAUUUGUUCGGCUUGUCAAAAAAAUAAGAAAACUCAGCAACGAUUAAUAGGUUUAGUAGAAGAACAACGACCCGGUAGAUAGCAUCAAGCUAUACAUUAUAAUAUAUAUCAAGAUUAUGUCGAAAUAGGAAUUGUCUGAAAGAUGAAUUCUUACAAAGGAAGUACUCAAUCCAUAGAUACGAGCCCUUCUCUUUAUUUCUUUUUCAUUUUCCUUUUGAAAUCAGAUCUGAUACUUAAAUUGAAAUUACUAGGAUGUUUUUAUGUUCGAUGUAAAAUAAAGUUUAUAUGCGAUUUCUAAAAGAAACUAUUCCGUGUAAAUAGUCGAGGAUAGUCGAAGAUAGUCGAGGAACAUAUUCUAUUGUAACGCGAAAAGCUGAGUCAAGCCAGCAUUUUUCCAAUUUUCAUGAGAAUUACUUUCUUGCAGUACUCGAAACCUGGGUCCACUGACAAUGACCUAUAAUAGAUCUGAUGAAAAUGAGUUCGUAAAAUUUAAGAAAAAUGUGAUACGAACACAAAUUUGAGAUUCUGAUAUUACAAAAAUAUGUAGUGUUAAAUAUCUUAAGUAAUGUCAGUAACAGAACGAAACUCAUAUCGGAAUGUAUAACUAUAAUUGGAUUCUUACGAUACUAUUAUAUUAUAUAUAAACAAAUUCAUACAAUCAUGUAUUUUUCACUCUGUAUAAUAGAAGAGGUAUACAAUUUAUCACAGUAUUAACAUGACUUUUGAGUAAAAUAUAUAAGCACCUUUAAAUUGGAAA